AUGGAAAAAGACGGCCAUGCGUUCCGCACAGGAACUCCCAACACAGAAAGGAACCCCUUCGACGACGAGAGAAUCACCUCUACAGCACCUUCCAUGAGAACCGGUCCAACCAACCCAUUCACUUCGCCGGCUAUAUCGAGACCGCCAUCCAGCUACAACUCUAGUGCUCUUGGACAAGCAGCUGUGGACCGGGGCCAAAGAUACUUUCACUCGCGAAGAGUGAAGAAAGGCGAGGUUGAGAAGCCAUGGCUCGAUAAGAAGGAUCCCAAGGAGAAGUGGGUCACUAUUCUCCCAAUUAUUGGAAUUUUUGUUGGUCUGGCCGUUUCAGGUAUUCUCAUCUGGGACGGUCUACGCAGUGUCGUCAAGCACAAUUACUGCCUAGUGCUCCAAGAAGAGUGGUCCGGAGGCGUCGAUACGAAUAUUUGGACAAAGGAAGCUCAGGUUGGUGGGUUUGGUAACGGUGAAUUCGAACAGACAACGACUGGCGACGAAAACGUCUAUGUCGAGAAUGGCCAUCUCUUCAUCAAGCCUACUCUGCAAGAUGCUACCCUGGUAGAGAAAGACUCUGUCAUUGAUCUCCUGAAGGAUGGCACCUGUACUUCAACUCUAGCCCAGGACUGUUAUGCGGUAACAAACACCACGGUUGGUAACGCUACUAUUGUACCACCCACAAAGUCUGGCCGCAUCAAUACGAAAGUCGGCGCAAGUAUCAAGUAUGGCCGUGUUGAAGUUACUGCCAAGUUGCCGCAAGGAGACUGGCUGUGGCCCGCAAUCUGGAUGAUGCCUGUUGAGGAUACAUAUGGCUCUUGGCCUCGCUCUGGUGAAAUCGACAUCAUGGAGGCCCGUGGAAACAACCACACCUACGCCCAGGGUGGUAAUAACAUCAUUUCCUCGGCCUUGCAUUGGGGUCCUGACACCGCCAACGAUGGCUGGUGGAGGACAAACGUCAAGCGCCCAGCGCUUCACACCACCUAUUCCACCGGCUUCAACACUUUCGGUGUUGAGUGGUCCGAGAAGUACCUGUUCACCUAUGUGAACUCCCGCCUUUUGCAGGUCCUUUACACAAACUUCGACGAUUCUCUCUGGGACCGUGGCAACUUUCCUACUGCAAACAGCAAUGGCACCCGUCUUGACAACCCUUGGGCCCAGAGCGGUGAUAAAAGUGCUCCAUUUGAUCAAAAGUUCUAUCUUAUCCUUAAUGUCGCCGUCGGUGGCACUAACGGAUGGUUUCAGGAUGGACAAAGCGGCAAGCCGUGGUUAGAUGGUAGCCCUAACGCCAAGAAGGACUUCUGGAAUGCCCAGGACACGUGGCUCCCUACCUGGACUUCUCCAGCCAUGGAGGUCAGCAAGGUCAUGAUGUGGCAACAGUGCGAUGGCGGUGAGCUAUAA